UGUUUUUAUAAUCGGACGGAAGGGCCCUUAUCGACUGUAGAGAGACGCGACAAAGCCCGUUCGAUCUCUGCUCUUCAAGUGACGUGGACGCUCCACAUCCGUUCGUUUACUCUUGACUUUUCAGCUUCCAACAAAACUAUCUUCUCCACAUCGCCGCACUCCCUCUCGCCGUUUCGGAUUCCGACUUCUCGCCUCUUCCGAAGCGGUCUCGUUCCUUCCUUAGGCGGUUUUCCCUGUCAGGGCGGUUUUAUUCCUGCGGAUCCAGGGCUCUUCUCGUCGGUUUUGCCGGUUUUCGUCUGCAAAAGCGGUUUUUUAUUUGGGUUUGGGAGAUUCCGCAGUUGUUUUACCGAACUGGAGGAAGAUAAUCGCGGAUUCUUUUGUGGAGAUCUUUGGUGCGAUUUCAUGGCCGCCGAAAAACAGCUGGAGAAGCCUCUGGAAGGGAUGAUGAAGAAUCUGAAAGUAGAUCCUUCUUCUGAAGCCAUUGAUUCCAAUGUGGCUGCUUCAAAGGAUGGAAGCCCAUUUGAUGCCACAUCAUGUAUAUCCUCAUCGGGGGAUGCGACAAGUAGUUUCAAGGAGAGCGAUGUGGAUCAGGAGUCUUUGAUGGCUGAGCAGGGGAUCUAUUAUCCGGCAAGCAACUACUAUGGAUACUGUUAUCCAGGUUAUGAUGGCUCCUUUGGAGAAUGGGAUGAUCAGGGUUACUACUUUGGGCCUGAUGGAUUGGAUAUUCAAUAUCGUGCAAUUCAAGCAGAUAAUGGCUCACUCAUCUGCUAUAUCCCAGGGUUUCAACCUGGGUACAAUCCUUAUGGUCCAUACAUACCUGGAGCUAUGAUUGGUGUUGAUGGUCAAUAUUUGAGCCAGCAGUCAUACUUCCCAGGUCCAGUGAUUCCACAGCCUCUUGCUUCUCCAGGAUAUUACCCUUCUUCAGUACCAUAUGGCUCGGAGGUAGUGCCAGCAUAUGGAUGGGAUGCAUCUCCCCUAUUCAUGGAUGGGGCCCAUGUCAAUGCAUUUGGUGGAGCUCCAACCAUUCCCGUUCCCAAGCCUAAUUUCUCUGCUCCAAGUCAUACCCUUUCUCAGUUAAAGCCUACACCACCCUCUAAGUUUACUACCACGGGUGAAAUGAAAGGCUCUUCACCAGCAUUGAAUGUGCCACCAAGCGGUGGUGUUCCUAACCAGUCUCUAAAGCCAGCAAAUAAGGGAUCUGGUUUUCAGGCAGCCACUGUUCUGACAAAGGGUUACUUCCCCAUAGCGAAGUUUCCUUCCUGCCCUAACCAGGUGAAGGGUGGCUUGCUCUAUCCAAAUAACCCUGCUAGUGUCAAAGCAAAUGGACGAGGUUGGGCAGGCACUGAAAAGCUAAAAACGAGAAGCAAAGCUAAUGGAACUAGUGAUUUCGAUUUGCUAAAUGAACAAAACCGUGGUCCUAGAACAAACAGUGCCAAAAAUACUUGGGUUUCGGUGGUGGCUCCAGUUGAAUCUCCAAGUGCUGAGAUGAAUCCCAGUAGUAACAGCUCAACCACUGUAAUCCGGAGGGAUCAAUUCAACCAUCCAGAUUUUCCGACCAAAUAUGAUCAGGCUUUGUUCUAUGUAAUAAAAUCAUACAGUGAGGAUGAUGUCCAUAAGAGUAUUAAGUACAAUGUUUGGGCGAGCACUCAAAAUGGAAAUAAGAGACUCGACGAUGCUUAUCAAGCUGCCCAAGAGAGAAUGGAGGAGAAGGGCUGCAAGUGUCCUAUCUUUCUUUUCUUUUCAGUAAAUGCGAGUGGUCAGUUCUGUGGAGUAGCUGAGAUGGUUGGCAGAGUAGAUUUUAACAAGAGCAUGGAGUUUUGGCAGCAAGACAAGUGGAAUGGAUCCUUUCCUGUCAAGUGGCAUAUCAUUAAGGAUAUCCCAAAUCCUCAGUUUCGUCAUAUAAUUCUCGAGAACAAUGAAAACAAACCUGUAACGAACAGCAGAGAUACUCAGGAGGUGAGAUUUCAUCAAGGGAUUGAGAUGCUGAACAUUUUUAAGAACUAUUCAGCCAAGACAUCCAUAUUGGAUGACUUUGGAUUUUAUGAAAGCAGGCAGAAGGCAAUGCAAGACAAGAGGACAAGGCCGCUCACACCGCAUUUGGAGCAUUUGCAGCAAAAACCAGUGGACGCUGCGCAAGCAAUAAAGGCAGUUGAUCUGAAGUCAGCAGUCACUGGUCAUCAGACGAUGGAAUUGGCUGCUCCAAGGGACAAGGAAGAACUGCAGUCAAACAGUGAAUCAAAGGAACGAGUGGAAGUUUGAAACAGGAGGAGCAUUUUGCCCGAGCAGCAGCAUGAAGAACUCCUGAGAAGAUCCCUUGAUUGAUUGAUGCCCAUCAGCUCCAUGGUAUUUUGAUUGGCGGGCAUGUAAGGACUGCUUUUGAAAUUUUCCAAUCAGGGGGAUUAGUGGCUAUUGAUGACCAUUAAUGGGCUCACUCCAAGCCUGUUGUACCAUAGCUGCAGGCCGGUGCUGGGGUGGCGCCAGUGCGAAAAAUCUGUACAACUCUCACUCUUUUUUUUUUUUUUUUCCGUUUGUCUUUCGUUCUUUUUCUUUCAGUGGGUCCUGGUUUGGUAGGGUGUGUCAGCUGUUGUGGGGUGUGUGGGUGUAUUGGUGUCAAAGCGCAAGAGUAAAAGCUUUUCUUUUCCUUUCUUCUUU